AUGUCAUCAUCGACCAAAGCCAUUGUAAAGAGCGCCGACAUGGCGGAAGAACAACAGCAGAGUGCCGUGGAUCUGGCCGCGGAGGCCCUCGCAAAGCACGGAAUCGAGAAGGACAUUGCGGCCUUCAUCAAGAAGGAAUUUGACAAGCAGUUCGGUCCAACUUGGCAUUGCAUUGUUGGAAAAAAUUUCGGAAGGUUGGUUUGCCAGCUGUUGAGUCUUUUUGUUGCGGAUCCCUCCUUAACUCUACACCUUUUUGUCGUUUUGUAA